AUGGAAUCCCUCCACCAAGUCUACCAAUCGCAUCCCAAGACCUGCCUCUUCACCUCCGCCAUCCUCCUCCGUCUGCUGCUCGUCCUCAUCUUCCCGGAGCUGCCCGAUUUGUUGACGGCGCGGGUGGAAAUCUCGACUCCCGUCAGCAGUUUCAAGAGAUUACAGGAAGGCCUCUUUUUAUACGACCGACGACUGGAUCCAUACAAUGGCGGCAUCUUCCAUCAGGCGCCCUUGUUCCUGCCCCUCUUCUCCCUCCUCCCCGACCCUUCUACCGGCAUCGGGAGGAUGAGCAGCAUUCUCCUCUACUCCGCCCUGGACCUCCUCUCCGCCGACUGCCUCUACGACAUUGCCCGGUCCGGUGUGGCCAGCGUGUCCUCCCGAUACUCGUCCCCACGAGCCCCACGCAAAYGGGAGGCGGCGUCGAUCACGGCCGUCUACCUCUUCAACCCAUACACCCUCCUCGCGUGUCUGGGACGACCGACGACCGCCUUCACCACCGCCUUCACUCUCCUCAGCGUCCGUCACGCCUGCCAAGCGAACCUCCCCGCGGCCGCCUUUGCCCUCGCAAUCGCCAGCUACAUCAGUCUCCAUCCCAUCCUCCUUCUCCCUCCCAUCGGACUGCUCUGCUAUGACCGCCUUGCUCAUCGACACGCGGAAGAGACGGUGCGCGCCGAUGUUGUCGGAGGGGACAUUCCUCCCACCUCCAAAGUCGCCGUCGACCAGCGAUCCCAACCCCUCCCCAUCCCUUUUGCCCUGAUUCUUGCCGCGACUUUCGCAGCAUCCCUCGUCUUCCUGCUCGCUCUCUCGCGCCUGCUCCUCCCAUCGUGGCAAUUCAUCCCCGCCGUCUACAUGACUCCCCUCACCAUGCCCGAUCUCACUCCAAAUCCAGGAGUCUGGUGGUAUUUCUUCAUUGAAAUGUUCGAUGCCUUUCGCGAGUUCUUCUUGGGGGUCUUUUGGCUGCACAUGCUGGCAUACAGCGUGCCCUUCUGCGUGCGGUUCUCAAAGCAACCUCUCGCAGCGGUCGUGUUGAUGAUGGGCAUCAUCGCCAUCUUCCAACCCUAUGCCAAUGUAGGAGAUGUCGGUGCUUGGUUGAGCUGUCUGUGUUUGUUGGGGCAUGUCUUUGAAUUAUGCUCCACCUACCGAUACACCUUUCCAGCCCUCGCUGCCCUGCUGUAUGCCACCCUUCUCGGCCCUGCAUUCCACCAUCUCUGGAUCUACGCAGGGUCCGGAAACGCAAACUUCUUCUACGCCAUCACUCWGGUUUGGAGUUUGGCCUUGCUCAUCCUGCUCACCGAUGCCAUCUACGCUGUCCUGCGGGAUGAGUGGGAGGUGGAGAGGCCUGAUGGGAAGGGCAAGGAAAUCAGGCAGAUAUGA